UCCGGAUCGCUGAUAGAAGAGUGACUGCGCUCGUGCGGACUUUAUUUGACUCGCGCUCACGCGGACCGAGAGCUUCUUCCCGCUUACGGACUGAACUUGAGCUGCUUGCUCCGGGAUGGCUGCGUCGAUUCUGGAGGAGGAAACACGUUAUGGAUCGAGUCCGCUGGCUAUGCUGACCGCCACCUGCAACAAGUUUGGGAGCACCAGUCCAGUCCGAGAUUCCGCCACGCCCGGUAAACCAGGAAACGCAUCACCAGUUAAGAAAACCUACAGCAUGACUUCUGAACUUCAGACCCCCAAAAACGGACGAGGCGCUGAAGGCAUAGCGGACACUUACAGCGGCUCUUUCAGUUCCACUGGUGGCUUGCUCACGCCGACCGGUAGCCCUCCACCUCAUCCCGGAGCGUACACCACCGACUACAACCCUUUUUCCACCUUUCAGACCUCCACUGGCUCUCAGGACCCUUCACUCCUGGCGAGCAAAACCACAGCAGACUGCCUGACCAGUGUCAACACCUACCUGGAUAUGACACACCCCUAUGGCUCAUGGUACAAGGGCAUCCAUCCCGGUAUCACGGCGGCACCUGCAAAUGCCACUUCUUCAUGGUGGGACGUCCACACUAAUUCAACCUGGCUUAGCGCUGGCCAAUCCCAACCCGACAGCCUCCAAGCCCCCCUGCAACCUUUGGCUCAACAAGCCUCCCUCAACACUCAGAUGCCCAGCUACACCCCUGACUUCACUCCCCUGAAUCCCGCCCCGUACACCUCGGUGGGCUUGAGUUCAUCUUCACACCUGCUCCAAUCCUCACAGCACAUGCUCCAACAGGACAUGUACAAGCCCAAGCCGGUGGCCGGUUCUGGAAUCCUGGAUAACUCCAUGGGACUCAAACCGGCCCGAGGUUCUGGUGGAUACACGGGCGGCUCCACCACAGGCAGAUCUUCCUGCGACUGCCCGAACUGCCAGGAGCUGGAGAGGCUGGGGGCGUCCGCUGCAUCCCUGCGGAAGAAGCCGGUGCACAGCUGCCACAUUCCCGGCUGCGGAAAGGUCUACGGCAAGGCCUCCCACCUGAAGGCUCACCUGCGCUGGCACACGGGCGAGAGACCCUUCGUGUGCAACUGGCUGUUCUGCGGGAAGCGCUUCACUCGCUCGGACGAACUGGAGCGUCACGUGCGCACCCACACGAGGGAAAAGAAAUUCACCUGUCUGCUUUGCAGUAAGCGCUUUACUCGGAGCGACCACCUGAGCAAACAUCAGAAGACCCACACGGAGGCUAGCCUGCAGGGGAAGGGGGUGGAGGAGGACAUGGAACCCCGAGGGCCGGAAGAAUCGACAGACUCCAGCAAAGUUGCUCCUCCGGGGUCUGCAGGUGGCAUGCAGGACCCCACGGCCGGUGGAGAGGAGAAAACCGGCGCAGGGAAUGGUGUGGAUGGCAGCAGCGGACUGCUGGAGAUAUAACAUUGAAAUGACUCUACAAUUGGAGCUACUGUUACGUUGGUGCUAAGCUACGUAGACCUGUGCAAAACACUCUUUUGUAUUGUUUGUUUUUUAGGAGCAAGUUAAGUGGUUCCCAAAGAACAAUGUACCAUGAAAAGAAACUUACUGUGGACCAAAAGGUUAAAACGGCAGGUUUUUGGGAGAUUAACUCUUGAAGAAUCAGACGUUUAGCAGAAACUGUCUGUCUGGAGUGCCCCACAUUUUGGGAAUUGUUUUUAAUCACUUUGAUUCUUUUUCAUAUUUAAAAUUUGCCAAGAUUUGUCGUAGUCCUCUUAGUCCACGGUUUUAUAAGCCCAACAACCUGGAGACUGUUUAUGCUUCCUUGCUUUUAGUGCAGCAUCUGACAUUUGGGCUUCCAACUGAUGCACAUGUUGUCUUUUUUAUUUAAUUAAAAUGUACGUCUUUUAUUUUUAUUCAGUGUCUUCCAUGUGUGUUUCAACACUUCUUUUGAUAACUUAUAGGAUAGAAUUGAUCACAACCUUAUGACAAUCUUCAGUUUUGACUGCAAAGAAGCAUUCAUCAUACUCUCUGUUUCAUUGUUGAUUCAGUGUUUUACGUUGGUUUAUUUAAUUUCCUAUUUACAUGAAACUAAUUUAUGUUUUAAAUUAUGAGCAGUUUGGAGACAAUGUUGUGUCCAGUGGUUUCGCUGAACGGAAGUACACGGUGAAGCGAGUCGAUUAUGAAUAUAUUAAGUCUUCUCAUUCAUGUCAUGAUUUAUUUAUUUUUAUUUGGACAGAUGGAUUUAAAGUUCUUUUUCUUAUUUGAUUUUUAAUGUAUGAUCCUUGAUGCUGAAUUUCACUUUUCACUCCUGUGUAAAACAACUUUUUGGUUGUGUAAAGUUCGAAUGACGAUGGAAAACAAAUUUCUUUUAA